AUGACAUCUACCAAAGUCGGGCUGGCUUUAUUAGGUCUUGGACGGAUUGGGCAGGUACAUCUGAAGAUCAUUCUUUCAAGCGAACGCACCAACUUGUUGUGGGUGAUGGAGGAGAAUACAAAAAUUGCCGAGAUGGUAAUGAAGAAGCAUAAAAUGUUGGGAAAGAUAAGAGUAGCGUCAAGUGACCAGUUUGAUGACAUUUUACUUGACCCCUCAGUGCAAGGAAUCUUCAUAUGUACACCAACGGACACACAUACGAUUCUCGUUAGGAAAGCUCUGGCCGCACGGAAAGCUGUUUUCUGCGAAAAACCACUGUCAGAGGAAUUAGCAGAUAUUGAAGCAUGUUAUAACGACGCAGAAAAGUAUGCGGGAAUGUUGUUCUGUGCAUUUAACAGACAUUUUGACUUUGGAAUCCGGAGUAUGUACGAGAAAGCCCGAUCGGGCGGCCUAGGGAAGAUUUACAUGGUCAAAACAACAUUUCGUGACACUCCAUUGUGGAUGGGGGAUCCAUCCCUUUCUCAGACUUUUCUCAGUCACGACGUAGACCUGCUUUGCUGGUUCGCUGGUGCUCUUCCUGACACUGUCGUAGUACAAGCUACUGCUAAUAUUAAGGAAGUUGCAGGAAAAUGUGACGUUGACACGGUUGGAAUUUUGAUGAGGUUCCCAUGUGGAAUGCUUGGUAUUCUGGAUUUCUGUAAAUAUUCUCCUUACGGAUAUGACGUCAGAUUAGAAGUGUCAGGUUCAGAAGGAAUGGAGAUAACUAAUGCCAAACCAGUUUCAUUAGUAAAGACUUACACACAAAGUGGCCAAAGUACAGGUCAGAUUUAUGCUUCGUUCCCGGACAGGUUCCUUCAAGCUUACACAUCUGAACAAGAACAUUUUCUUGAUGUCAUACAAGGGAAGGCGGAACUCGAGGUGACGCGUGUUUUUCCUGAGAGGGCUGCUAAAGUUAUAGACGCUGUAAAAGAGUCGUACAAAACUGGACAAGUGAUCACAUUGAAGAAAUGA